CGAACGGCCAGCAAGCAUUUUCCACAUCCAACCGUCUAAAGGAGCUUGGGCGGGCACUCCAAAGCUCCAAAACCGGCAGGGAAGCCAUGAACAAAGAGCUUCAAAUCCUCUUCUUCUUCUUCUUCUUCUUCUUCUUCUCGCCAUGAGUCCCAUCUCUCCCAUCCCCUUCUUCGAUUCCCAACCUGCUUGAAACCCUAGCAAUGGAGCUUCAGAAGACUAAGCUCACAAGGACGCCGUCCUCGCUUCUCCGAUCGCCGACGGUUCGCUCCUCCGUGCAAAGCCUCGCCACCCUAGACGAAGAAGAAAACGCCGACGAGAAGAAGGACCACCGCUACAAGAGCCAACAAUCUCAUCCCCGGCCCCCUCUCCUGCCGAUAUUCUUUACCUCCCCCUUCCUCUUGCUUCUCUAUCUCUACCUCAAAGAGGAGUACCCCUCUCUGGGAACCCUCUUCCUCGUCUCUUUCAUCAUCGCCUUUGCCUCCGUGAUCGCGCGGAGAUCCGGCCUCUUGAGAACCGGCUGCCGUGGUGGCGUUCGCCGGGGGGACUCAGUCCAGUGGUUCAUCGGGGAGGAUAGGAGAAACGGAAAAGAGAGGAAGAACAGUGGGAAGAUCGUGCGUGAAGGUGUGGAGUUCUACAGCAAUGGUGAUUUCUAUGAAGGGGAAUUCCACAAGGGGAGGAGCAAUGGGAGUGGGGUUUAUAAUUUCUUCGCCAAAGGGAGGUAUGAAGGGGAUUGGAUCGAUGGGAAAUAUGAUGGGUAUGGGAUCGAGAGCUGGGCGAGAGGGAGCCGGUAUCGGGGCCAGUAUAGGCAGGGAUUAAGGCAUGGCUUUGGGGUUUACAAGUUCUAUAAUGGAGAUUGCUACGCUGGCGAGUGGCUCAGUGGUCAGAGUCAUGGGAUCGGAGUGCAGACUUGCUCUGAUGGGAGCUGCUAUGUUGGGGAGUUCAAGGGAGGGGUCAAGCAUGGCCUUGGAUGCUACCAUUUUAGGAAUGGGGAUAGAUAUGCGGGAGAAUACUUUGGAGACAAAAUCCAUGGUUUUGGUGUGUAUCACUUUGCAAACGGUCAUCAUUAUGAGGGUUCAUGGCAUGAAGGUCGAAAACAAGGUUUUGGAAUGUAUGCAUUCCGCAAUGGUGACUCUAGAUCUGGGGAGUGGGAUUGUGGUGUUUUAAAAGGCCCCCACCCAGCAACAGAUCUGGUUAUCCAGAGGGCUGUUCAGGCUGCCAGAAAGGCUUCUGAGAAUGCAGUUCUUGUUCCUCGUGUUGAAGAACAAGUGAACAAGGCAGUAGCUGCUGCAAAUAGAGCAGCUACCGCCGCCAGAGUUGCUGCCAUCAAAGCUGUCCAGAAUCGGAUCGAUGGAAAGUUUUGCGACUUGGACGUCUGAUUUGUAAAUUUUUAGCUACUAGAUAAUAAUCAAUGAGAGUCAGAGACCUGUGUGCCAAAAUAAAUGCCUGGGUCUUCAAUAGAGAUUUGAAGGAAAGAAGCUGACUGACAAGCGUAGGUGUUUUGCAAUCCUGAUAUACAUGAUCCCACAGCCUUCUCACUUCUGUAACUUGUACAUAAACUCUUAUGUAAAUGAUUACAAUGUAAGCUUCUCUUGUUUCGCGA